GCGCGUGGGGGCCGGGGAAGGGUUUGGACUGCGGGCAUCUGGGGUGACCACGGGGAAUUGGGGUUCAGGGAUGUGGAAACGAGGUGCAGAGCACAAAUUUGUGGUUGCUGCUCCAAGAGGGGCUUUUGGGAAGCAUUUGGAAUUCGGAGUUGAAAGUAGCUGGAGUUUGCCCCCUCCUUUCCAAUCGAGUGCGGGCGCCAAGCCCCCCGAGUGUUCGUCACCCUGGACCCUGGCGCAGAGCCCUGGCAUCACGACUCGGAGGCUGAGACGCUGUCCUGGAGUCACCCAGGAGAGAUGGAGCCACCUCAGUGUGUGGAGGAACUAGAAGAUGAUGUGUUCCAGCCGGAGGAUGGGGAACCAGGGACACAGCCUGGGAGCCUGCUCUCGGCUGACCUGUUUGCCCAGAGCCAGCUGGACUGCCCCCUCAGUCGGCUUCAGCUCUUCCCGCUCACCCACUGCUGUGGCCCCGGACUCCGGCCCAUAAGCCAGGAAGACAAGGCCACUCAGACCCUCAGCCCAGCUUCCCCAAGCCAGGGUGUCAUGCUGCCUUGUGGGGUGACAGAGGAACCCCAGAGACUCUUUUACGGCAAUGCUGGCUACAGACUUCCUCUCCCUGCCAGUUUCCCUGCAGGCUCACCCCUUGGGGAGCAGCCCCUUGAAGGACAGUUCCUUCAGCACCGAGCAGAGGUACAGAUCGCCAGAAAGCUUCAGUGCAUUGCAGACCAGUUCCAUCGGCUUCACAUGCAACAACACCAGCAGAACCGAGACCGCGCCUGGUGGCAGGUCUUCCUCUUCCUUCAAAACCUGGCCCUGAACAGACAAGAAAACAGGGAAGGAGUGGGUCCCUGGUGAGGCUGGGCUGCCUUUGUCGGAUGGAUCACCAGGAAUGCAGUCUGGAACAGACAUUCUGGGAGGACAGAUACUGUCUCGUCAAGUUUUGUUACUCUUAAUUUUCUUUCAUGUGUACAUAGUACAUACCCCAGUGGGGUCUUCUUUCCCUGUUCAGAACCUCCACUGGGGUGGGGGCCUUUGUCAAACACUGUUGAAGGAGAGGCAGCUGUGUCUGCUGGUAGAGUUCCUAAGGCUCUGAAGAUGACCAGUUGGUGAUGUUCUCCAGGAAGUGGACUAAGGCUUGCUACCGGAGCUGGUUACAUCUGGUUAGGCUCUCAGUGCCACCACACAUGUCAGCUUUCCCUCGUGCCUUAGCCCACCAGGACCUCGCCUGGGAACUUCCUGGCUAAGAGCAACUGUGCCUUGCCCAGCCAGCUCUAUGUCUGGGUUCCCACUUGGCCUAGCCAGUGCCUGCCACAUGGGCUCAGGGAUUCUAACUCAGAUGCUGUCAACCUCCAGAAGACCUCAGGGAGGGUUGGACUUCUCCAAGAACCCCUCAAAGGUGCCACAAAAUGAAUCAAACUUGAGAGGCUUCAAGACUGGCUUGGUCCUCCAUGGAAGCCCCAUUGACUGGUCCCAAGGGUGCAAACUACUGCCACCUUUGCUGGAGCCAAGUAGCCAGUUACCAUGCCAUUGUACCCAGCGACCUGUGCCUCUGUCAGCUCUGUUUUCAAAAGACCCUGCCAAUGACUGGACUGGCUUGGCCUGUAUCCACCUCAGCGGCAGCACUUCGAGAUGGCGUGGCUUUGCUGAGGAUGUGGGAACCAGGCAGCCAUCCCACUGAUGACUUGGCCCCAGAGGAAUCCUGGACCUCUUGGUUUCCUUGGAAACGUGUACCUCCGCUCCCUUACCCCCAUUCCUUUUCUGUACCUAGUGGGUUACAGGAAGAAGCUAGGACGAUGGCUUUGUCCGCUGGAAAGUGACUUUGGAAGGAACAGACAGUGUUUAGAAUAUGGAACCUGCAGAGCUGACACAUCUCGAAUCUCCCUUUAGCUUUCAGCGAGGCCAGAAGGGAGAGUUCUAGAACCCUGCCUCAGACCUUCUUCCUUCUCUCCCCGCUGCAGUGCUCAGGGAGGGAACGUAAGCAGCUGAUCUUAGAAAUUAAGUCCUGAUGUUUAUGUAAGGAAAGACAUUGGUGCUAUAGUGAAGAUGAGCCAGGGCUCACAGAAAAGAUGGCUUCCCCAAGCAAAGAACAUCACAGGGAUAUUCAAGCAAUUUGGAGGAGAAACUCAGAGUAGACUCAAAUCGAACAAGCCCAGUGACUCCCCAUUUCUGCAGAGAGGGGGGCGGGUUCCGGUGCCAUAAAAGGGCACCCGAUCCCCUGGGUGGACAGGUGGGCAAGUUUCUCAUGGCACAAGGCUACCUACGGAGAGGGCUCAUAGCGGCUGAGGUUCAGCCUGGGCACUGCUCUCCAGGCCGCAUGUCCUGAUGUGGGCAGAGUCUGCCCAGAGUUAGGGAUGUCUUUCCUGAUUUGCACAAAGGUACUGUGUGUGCUCUCAGUGGUCCCGGGGAGGACCUUAAGGCAUGUGUAUAAGCCUUUGUGUUUUUCUGUUCAGAUGACCUAGAGAUAUUACCUCUUCUUGGCCACAAUCAUUUUCUCAGGGUCUAUACCAUGGUUCAUCUGCUAAGAAAGUGGGUUCCUGUUUGCAAGGAGGGAGACCCAAGUACUGAAUAUGAAGACUGGUUCUGAGGCACACUAAUUAUUGUGAAGCCCAGCCUUCCUACAUCCCACCCCCUGCAGUUUAGACUGGGGGGGACAUAUGUGGUCUUCCCCUUUCCUGGAUCAAGGCUAUGACAGGCAGGCUUCUGGUAUGUUCUUGGUACAUGUGCUAUAUGAGACAUGUACUUGGUGACACAUGCGUGCCCCUCCCCAUACAGAACCUUGUACAUCAGUUACCUUGAGCAUGACUUAGUAGGCUUUCCAUCUGUGCUAAGGCGUGACUGUCAGCUUUAGCAACCUUGCCAGGUGCAGGCUGGGUAACCUGUGGCCUGAGAACUGAGCCCAGAGUUUGACCUGAACACUGAACCUGGGACCAGGCAGAAGCUGGUCAGAAUGCACUGUCUCCAUUUUGGGCCUAGCUAGGACUAACUUGGGCUAGCCAGGAUGAAACUUAAACCCUCUUAUCUUCCUCCAACCUGAAUCCAGGCUGGAGUUGAAGCUCAAUGAUUAAGGGCUUGCCUAUCAGUCAAGAGACCCUUGGAUGGAUCCCAGGACUGUAAAAUAUAAAAUAAAAAUAUGCCCCCUGUCCCCUAGCCCCCAGCCUCUAGAAGGCCACUGGCAGCCCAGCUCAAGGAGGCAAGAGGUUCCCCCUGACUGGUUGCUUUAAUUGACUAGUGAUCUCUGCCUAGUGAAUUGGCUUUAGAGUCUCCCAGUCCUGCCCCAGGAUAGCCCCUCCCCUUCGCCUCUCCCCAACUCUAGGAGCCUGGCUGUCUCUAGCGAAGAGUAGAGAUUGAGAUUCAGAGGGAGGGAAGGUCUGACCUGUGUGGUGACCUGUAACCAGCUGAAGGCAGCAGGCUUUUGUGGUGUGCUGAGGAUGGGGGGUGGGAGAGGGGCUGGAAAACUCAGUGUAGAAAUGCCCUAGGGGAACAGAAGCCCUGUAUUCAGGGGCCAAACUGCUCUCCUAAUUCACAACCCCCAGGGGGCAUUUCUAAAAGCCAGCGAACAGAUCUGGAGGAGAACAUUCCCCCACUCGGUCUCUGACUCCCCCAGGGAGGCUGGGGUGGUACACAGGAGGGUGGGGGUGGGUGGGCACUCUGCCUGGCCCUGUCUCUCUGUUUCAAAGUUUGGCUGUGCUGUUCAGUUGUCCCCAGUGGCCUUGCCUUGCUCAAUCAGAGGUGGAAAAAGAUCACCUCCCGGUGACCUCCUCCAGGCCCCAGGGGAUGGGCUGUGUCCAGAGCUAUGUGGCAGAGCUCCUUUCCAGAGCCCAGAGAGGCCCAGCUGGCCUGCCCUGCUGCCCCAGCCAUGAAAUCCAAGCCCAACCCUGAGCAUGGCAGGGAGUGGGUGUUGGGGACAGUCUAGCCGAGGCCCGUCUGGCUCAAGCUUUCCAGGAACUAAGCAGUGAAGGCACUGUGACCAUCCUGGUCAGUGAAGAGUAUUCCCAUGAGAGCUUUCCUUCCUGGGGACUUGGUAGGGAGUGGGGUACGGGUGCAUAGAAUAACAAAAGACAUCAGCCUUCGUGGAUCUGCACGAUUUGGGGGAAUCAGUACUGUGGCCACUGCUCCCCCAGUGGAGCCAACUGUGGCUUCUAAGACAAUGAGGACUUUUGGAGGCAGGCUAUCCUGGCCUGAUACCCUGCUUGGACCCAGAGGGAUACAGGGUGGAGCCACGGGCAUUUCAGAUUUCCUGGGAUCCCUGUGGGCUGCAGGCCUAGGGGACAGAGCCUCAAGGAGACAGCAGAACAAAGCUGGGCUCUCCAUAUAUGCCAGCUUUGGCCAAGGUGCUAUGAGGUGUUGGCCCCAGGCUUGCCCUGCCCCUCUCUCUACAGUCGUCUGAUGUCCACCCCAUCUCUGGGUCCACGGGAACUGACAUGGGGACACCCAGUGAGAUGUAGCAUUUCCUUCAUCCCCAGUUUGAUUGGCCUGGGGUCUGGGCAUUCUGCCUUAAGGAAAGAAAUGGGGACCAUUAUUUUUUAACCUGUAUAUAAUAUCUGACUUUUUUUUUUUUUUUGGUUCUUUAUAUGUAUACAUGUGUAAAUAUCUUCUCACCCAUCAAGUGGUACAGUUUUUAAUAAAACCAUUUAAAGCAAA